AUGAACUGCUUUAGGCUAACUUCACUGAUUUGUCUUAAUAUCUUUUUGUUCAGUUUAGGAGAGACUGUCAUAAGUAAUGUCAAGCCUUGUUCAUCUAAGGGCACAAGGAAUGUUGGAGCUGUGGAGGAACCACUCAAGGCAGAAGAGAAAAAUAAAUCUGCAGAUAAUUCAAAACAAAAAGAACAAUGCCUUGUACCAUGUGAUGUUCAAGCUAAAAUUUUACGAGGGGAAAAACAUUACAUGUGCAGAAAUUUGCAGAAUUCACUUGUUGAAUAUGCAAGAAGUACAAAAAAACUGAUAAGAAACAUGAUGGAUGAUCAACAGUCUUCUUUGGAUUACCUUUCUAAUCAGGUGAAUGAACUCAUGAACAGACUUACUCUUUUGAACGCAGAAGUUUUGAGAAAGCAUUUGGAUCCACUUCCUUACAAAGCAGUUCAAUCUCAUGGGUUGGAUUGCACUGAUAUUAAAGAUACCAUUGGUUCCGUUUCAAAAACUCCAACUGGUCUGUACAUUAUCCAUCCAGAAGGAUCAAAUUAUCCUUUUGAGGUUUUGUGUGACAUGGAUUUUCAAGGAGGUGGAUGGACUGUAGUUCAGAAAAGAACUGAUGGAAUCAUUCCAUUUCAGAGAACAUGGUCUGAAUAUCUGGAUGGAUUUGGUGACCUUUCUGGGGAAUUUUGGCUUGGACUGAGGAAGAUUUUUCACAUAGUAAAUCAAAAAGCCACUAGUUUCAGUCUUUACGUGGAUUUGGAAUCAGAAAAUGACAAGCAUGCCUAUGCAUCAUAUGAUGGAUUUUGGAUAGAGGAUGAAGCAUGUUCUUUCAAGAUCCAUUUGGGGCGUUAUUCAGGAAACGCUGGUGAUGCAUUUAGAGGAUAUAGAAAAGAAGAUAACCAGAAUUCAAUGCCUUUCAGCACAUCUGAUGUUGAUAAUGAUGGAUGCAGGCCAAUGUGCACUAUUAAAGAACAGCUUGUAAAGAGCUGCAGUAACUUCAGUGAUAACACUGGAUGGUGGUUCAACCAGUGUGGCCUUGCAAAUCUUAAUGGUGUUCAUCGCUACACAGGUAGAUUUCUUGCAACUGGGAUUCACUGGGAUACAUGGACAAUGAACAGUAAACCAGUCAAAAUUAAAUCAGCUUCAAUGAAAAUUCGGAGAACCUAUAAUCCGUAUUUCCAUUAACCUAUGAAAAUAGAAAUAUAUCUCUUCUUGCAGUUAUGGGGGAUAAUGUA